GUAGUUGCAACAAGGAAAAUGUGAAUUUUUUGGAGUUCCGGCGCAGCUGUGACAACAUGCAGCCCGGGCAGGUAAAGGCCGCGGCGGGUGUGGGAAAGCACGAUCCUUAUGCAGUGAAGGAAAUUUUGGAGAAACAGGUCCGGAAACCCUGGAAAUUGAGUUAUUACACGACCAAUUUUAGUAACGCCGAGACGAAAAAUUUUUUUCCGACGGGUGGAGCGGCGAGCACUGAUGUGACAAGCGGAACUACAAGUAGCUGGAACCACGAUCACGGAGACGGUCGAACGCCCUUCCGAACUACGGCCUCCCGAACGGGCAGACCACCCCCGCAGACACCCCGGACCAGAAGCGGAGUUGUACUCUCGCCUGGAAAUAAUCACCACUCUGCUGUGCGCCCAUCCCAACAUGCUGG